AUGGCCAGCUCCAGGGCUCAGUGGUUCAAUCCCAUUGCCUUCACGCCCUGGCCAGUAACAUGUAUCACAACAAUCGUGUAUCUCGCAUUACUUAUUCCAAUCCUCGUCAUAAACCUUGUCGUUCCUUCCGCUCCAGAAACGAAUCCCAAGGGCGUGAAUCUUACAGAAGCUUGGAGAGAUCUUCAGCACUUAACUGGAGGUUUUCAUCCUUAUAAUAGCCGGCGGAAUGACGAAGUUCACGAAUGGCUUCUAAGCAGAAUCAAUUCCAUCAUUCGCCCUACGGUUGAGGCCGGACAACCUUCUUCCGCUAAUGACAACUUGCCGGAAGUUUUCGUUUUUGACGAUAAUCGGUCUAACUUAACAUAUUCUAACGGCGGAGUUGGUAAGACCUCAAUUGUGGGGGUAUAUUUUGAAAGCACGAAUAUAAUAGUUUAUAUACGCGGGAGCGAAGAUGGCUUGGAGAACUGGUGGGAGCACUCGAAUGGGAAACCAAAGGGGAAAGGAGGUGUUCUCGUGAACGCUCAUUACGACAGUGUUUCAACCGGAUAUGGCGCCACUGAUGAUGGAAUAGGCGUUGUGAGUUUGCUGCAGCUCCUCAGAUACUUCACGACUCCUGGAAACAACCCCCGUAAAGGUCUCGUUUUGCUCUUCAAUAACGGGGAAGAAGAUUACUUGAACGGAGCCCACCCCCCAGAAGCCGAUACCACACAGGCCCAAGAUGACACACGACACACAAAUAUUGAUUCCUUGUGGCACAUGCUUUCUGCUUCCAUAGGAACCACUGAGGGUCUCGUUUCAUACACAGGAAUGGAUUUCGAUGGCAAAUCAAAGGACCAAAACAAGGUGAACAGCGGUACUGGCACCCUUGGUGUUUGGUUUGAUAUGUUUGGAACUGCCUUUGCUGUUUUUCGCCUCCAUACUCUGUUUGCAAUUUCAGUAGCUCUUCUGGUCAUUGCCCCGUUGGUAAUCUUCGUAACAAGUGUCAUCUUAUCUAAAACAGACCGGAUGUACUUGUUUUCGAUGUCUAAGUCUUUGGAAGGAACCGGCGACCAGGUCUCCUUACGUGGUCUUCGUGGCUUUUCUCGCACCCCUAUCAUCUUGGUCAUUGCCACUACUAUUCCCAUAUGUUUAGCGUAUUUGCUUGAGAAAGUCAAUCCAUAUAUCGUGCAUUCCAGCCAAUUUUCAGUGUGGAGCAUGAUGUUCUCUGCGUGGAUAUUCCUGGCUUGGUUUCUAGCAUGUGCUGCCGACUUUUUCAGACCUUCAGCUCUUCACAGGGCAUAUAGUUACACAUGGAUAUUCAUCGCAACGUGGAUCAUGCUUGUCAUUAACACGGUUUACGCAAACCAAAAGGGAAUUGCUGCUGGUCCCAGUACUGCUGAAUUUCCCGGAGCUGCAGGGGAAGAUACCGACCCCACAGAAUCUACCUCCCUGCUUCGUGGCCAACGAACCACGUUUGCAAAUUAUCGAAGUAGUCGCCCUGGUGGUGCAGCAGAGACAGAUGAGCGAGAAGAUAUCAACAAAGGAGGCACUUUCGAGCAUGAACAGUCGUGGAGCUGGACGUUGCCCAGGUGGACAUGGGUGUUACAGCUCUUGCUUCUAGCUCCUAUCGUCCUCAUUCUUGUCGGCCAGCUUGCUCUUUUUUUGACCGCCUCCAUGUGCCAGGUUGGUUCGGACGGAGUCUCUACCUUCGUCGUCUACCUGGCAUGUUCUGUUUUUACAACUCUUCUAUGCAUACCUUUAUUCCCCCUGAUCCAUCGAUUCACAUACCACAUCCCAACAUUCUUGUUCCUCGUAUUUAUUGGUACUCUAAUUUAUAAUUUGGUGGCCUUUCCCUUCUCGCCUGCCAACCGUUUAAAGACGUUCUUCAUCCAGGAAGUUGACCUGGACAACGGUUCGAAUACGGUAUCGCUCACUGGCAUUCAACCAUAUCUUACGGAUGCAAUCAACUCUAUACCAAGUGCAGCAGGCCAAAAUAUAACCUGCGACAAAACAACCCCUUUUGGUAAAUUGGAAAGAUGUUCCUGGAGCGGGCUCUCUCCAAACGUUCUCGGCCAAGGCCGUGAAAGGGACAAUGAAAUCGACCCUGACAAAUGGAUAACCUACAACAUAACGAAAACAGUAGGCAAAAACAAAGCACGCAUCGAAAUUUCCGGCCGGAACACACGAGCCUGCAAGCUCAAAUUUGACAGGGCAGUCGCGAAUUUCCAGGUUUCAGGUUCUGCAGUAGACCACCGUAUGCCCCCCACUUCCCGCCAGGGAGUUUCGGAAAUCAGACUCUGGAGUCGAACGUGGGAAAAUACUUGGGUCGUCGAUAUAAACUGGCAUGAGAGCGCUGACAAGUCGGACGACGACGACGACGACCAUGACGAUGAGAACCACGACGCUCCCCAAAACAUAUUGAGUGGAAAGGCCAUCUGUAUGUGGAGUGACGGUAACCAGCCGGGUGUGAUACCAGCACUGGAUGAAGUGCGGCUAUAUGCACCUAGCUGGAUUGCUAUUUCUAAAGCAGCGGAUGGCCUUGUCGAGGCCAGCCAUAGCUUCACCAUCCAAUGA